AUGAAUAGACGGUUGUAUUCAGUGUUAAGUGAGAGGCAGAAAUUUGCAAACUUUUUGCGGUUUUGUUCAAAAAGUUUGUUACUUGAUCAAGGAAUGCAAGUACAUGGAGCUUCCGUCAAAAUGGGGUUUGGGUUUGAUUUGAUGUUAAGCAAUGAUCUCAUAGCUAUGUAUGGAAAAUGUGGUAGACUGGAUGUUGCUUGCGAUGUGUUUGAUAGAAUGCUUGAAAGAAAUGUGGUUUCUUGGACAGCUCUUAUGUGUGGGCACAUACAAAAUGGGAACCCGCUAGCGUCACUAUCACUAUUCUCCAAAAUGGGCUUAUCGGGUGUGAAACCGAAUGAUUUCACCUUUUCGAUGAAUCUUAAAGCCUGUGGCUUGUUGAAUGGCCUUGAUAUUGGGAGACAAAUUCAUGAUAUUUGUGUGAAAACUGGAUUUGAUAUGGUGAAUGUGGUAGGGAAUUCUAUCAUUGACAUGUACUCAAAAUGUGGAAGAGUCACGGAAGCUGCCCGCAUGUUUGAAGUUAUGCCUGUUAGGAGCCUUGUAAGUUGGAAUGCUAUGAUAGGAGGGUAUACUCUUGCAGGAUUUUGUGAGAAAGCUCUAGUUUUGUUUCGCAAAAUGCAAGAAGGUAGGCAAGUCCUUGAUGAAUUCACGUUUACAAGCACAAUGAAGGCUUGCAGUGAUCUUGGUGCAAUCAAAGAAGGAAACCAAAUUCAUGCUUUCUUGAUUACUGGUGGCUUCCUGUAUUCUGUUAAUACUGCUAUUGCUGGUGCUCUCGUUGAUUUAUAUGUGAAAUGUGGGAAGUUGUUCGAGGCUAGAAGAGUGUUUAGUCAUAUUGAAAAGAAACAUGUGAUAUCAUGGACAGCACUCAUUCUUGGUUAUGCUCAAGAAGGAAACUUAGCAGAGUCCAUUGACUUGUUGAGGCAGCUUAGAGAGAGUGGCAUUCAUGUAGACAGGUUUAUUCUGUCAAGCAUGAUGGGUGUGUUUGCUGAUUUUGCGCUUGUUCAGCAAGGCAAGCAAAUGCAUGCGUUUGCUAUUAAAGUCCCAUCCGGCGUAGACAUCUCAGUAUGCAACUCAAUUUUGGACAUGUAUCUGAAGUGUGGAAUGAUAAAUGAGGCCGAGAGACUGUUCGGUGAAAUGCCCUCUAGAAAUGUGAUUUCUUGGACAGUCAUGAUCACUGGCUAUGGGAAACAUGGUCUUGGCAAAGAGGCAAUUCGUCUCUUCAACGAAAUGCAAUUAGGUAGCACUGAGCCUGAUGAUGUGACUUACUUGGCAGUGCUUUUAGGCUGUAGCCAUUCAGGACUAGUAGAAGAAGGUCAAGAAUACUUCUCAAGGUUAUGCAGUGACCAUAGGAUCAAAGCUAGAGUAGAGCAUUAUGCAUGCAUGGUUGAUCUCCUUGGCCGAGCUGGGCGCUUAAAAGAAGCUAAGAAUCUCAUCGAUAGCAUGCCUCUAAAGGCAAAUGUGGGGAUAUGGCAGACAUUGCUUAGUGCUUGCAGAGUACAUAGAGACCUGGAAUUGGGCGGAGAAGUAGGUGACAUUCUUCUGAGGUUAGACAGUGAAAAUGCUGUCAAUUAUGUGAUGAUGUCCAACAUUUAUGCUGAUGCAGGCUAUUGGAAAGAAUGUGAGAGAAUAAGGGAAUUGGUGAAGUCAAAGAGGUUAAAGAAAGAGGCAGGACGUAGUUGGGUAGAGAUUGACAAGGAGGUACACGUUUUCUAUGGUGGAGAUGAUACACAUCCCCUCUCGGAGAAAAUACAUGAUAUCUUGAAGGAAAUGGAGAGGAGGAUGAAAGAAGAGUUAGGUUAUGUUUAUGGGGUUAAAUAUGCAUUACAUGAUGUGGAAGAAGAGUCAAAGAUGGAGAACUUGAGAGUUCAUAGUGAGAAGUUGGCAAUAGGGCUGGCAUUGGUUUGUGGGGUGUUAGAAGAGGGAGGAAAGGUGAUUCGUGUUUUCAAAAACUUGAGAGUUUGUGGGGAUUGUCACGAGUUCAUCAAGGGUUUAUCUAAGAUCUUGAAAAUGGUAUUUGUUGUGAGAGAUGCAAAUAGAUUUCACAUGUUUGAGGAUGGCUUGUGCUCUUGUGGAGAUUACUGGUGA